AUGAGUUUAAUAGAAUUUAGAGAACUUGAUUCUAUGGAUUUUGAUGAAUAAGGAUAAAAGUGUGUAAAAUAUUUAGAUAGUACAAAUAAACAAAUGUAAUGAAUUAUUUUUAUUUCAGUGGAUAAGGAUAAUAUUAAUAAAGAUAAAAAUGUGGAUAAUGGAAGGAAGUAAUUGAAGCUUAUGGAAAACACUUAAUAAUAGCAGAAGGAAACUAUAUUCAAGGUAAAAAAGAAGGAACUUGGAUAUAUACUUUAAAUGAUGAAUAAUUGUAUAAUUAGUCUUUAAUAAAAUUAGGGGAAAAAAAUAGUUUAAAUAAGAUAAAGAAAUUGGAUGUUCCUUUUGUUAUAUAAUUUUUUAAUAACCUAAUAUAUCUGAUGAUAUUUGGUGUUUAAUUGAUAAUUUUUUACUUUUUGAAAAUUAAAGAAUUACUUAGAGUUUCAUCUGUAAUUUUAAAAUGUUUCUGUAAUAUUAUCAAUUUAUUUAGAUAAAAUGGAAAUUAUUUAAUGGGAGGUAUAAAAGAUGGAAAAUGGGUUGAAUUAGAUUAAAAUUCUAUUAAAUUUGAUAACUAAAAAAAAACUUAUAAUUUUAUUUGUUCAUAAGGUAAAUACGUAUAAGGAGUAAAAGAAGAAAUUUGGGAAUCAACUUUUUAUGAAAAGUAUGAACAUUAAGAAAUACUUCAUCAUGUUUCUAAAGGUAAAUAUAUUUCUGGUAAAAAAAAUGGAAUUUGGACUGAACCAUUAGGUUAUAAAGUUAAAGAAAGUGUUUUGACAAUUAUAGAAGGAGAAUAUAAAAAUGAUUUAAAAGUUGGAUAUUGGAAAUUAGAAGAAGGAUAAGAUGCUUUUGAUUAAAAUGAUUAAUAUGAAUAUGGAGGUAAUUAUAAGAAUGGAUUAUAAAUAAAUGAUUGGAAAGAAGUUAGAAUUUUUCAAAAUUUUUAUGCAGAUAAAUCCAUGUAAAUAAUAAAUUAUAAAUAAAAAGCUAUAUUCAAGAUAAAGGUCGUUAUAAUAAUAAUGGAUAAAGAUAAAAUCAAUGGAUUUUUGAAUCUUCCUAAGAAUAAGGUAGUUGCUACUAUGAAAAUGGAAUAAUACAUGGUGAUGCUAUACUAUUUGAUUGUAUAGGAAACUACAAUAUUUAUUUGUAAUUUUUUAUAUUGAUUUUAGAACUCGAUCUAAAGGAAAAUUUAAUAAUGGAAAAAAAGAGGGAAGAUGGAAAAAAUCAAUUUAAGUUGAUGAAAGAUGGAUAUUAUUGUAAUAAAAUUAUAAUAUAAUUAAGAGAAGUUGGUGAAUAUUCAAAUGAUAUUAAAGUAGGAUAAUGGCGAGAAAGCUAAUAUUUAGAUUAAUACAGUUUAGAGAGAAAUGAAAGAGAUAAAGGAUAGUAUUAUUAUAUUUAUUUUAAGAAUAUUACUUAUAAAGUAAGGUAAUUAUACAAAUGAAGGAAUAAAAUAAGGUGUUUGGAAAUGGAGAUUCAAAUGUUUAACAUCUAAUUUUAAUUAAAAUGAAAUCUUUAAUUUAAGUGGUCAAGAAUUACAUAAUCAUAAUACAAUUUCAGGAAAUUAAAUAUUAUUCAAUUAAUAAUUUGGUGAAUUUUAUGCUAGAUGUUAAUAUUUAUAUUUAAAAUUUAGUCCAUUUUUGUGAUGUAUUUGAUGGUGAAAUAGUAGAUGGAUAUAGAAAUGGUGAAUGGAGAUUUUCAGCUUUAGAAAAUUUACAUUAAAAUGAAAACAACGAAAAAGAUACUGACUCUGAAAAUGAACAAUAAGAAGAAGAAGAAGAUGUAGAGGUAGAAGAAAAUAAAAAUUAACCAGAAGAAAAUGAAGAAGAAUAAAAUAAUUAAAGAGAUGAAAAUAGUGAUAAUAAUGAAGAAGAAUAACUUGAUGAAAAUGAUUAAUAAGAAUAAGAAAUAAAUUAAUAAGAUUUAUCAAAUAUGGUUUAUCAGAUUUAUAAGAAAGGAAUACUAAUUAAUUGA